GCCAGGCCUCCCUCUCCGUAGAAGCCCAUCCCUCCCAUUCACUGGACAGCCCAUCCUCAGCUGUCCUUCUUGCGUCCCCAGUCGCAUCGCCGGAGAGUAAGAGGCGCCAUACUUCGUCUCUGCCCUGCCGCUCGUUCUGCUCUCCAUCACAAUUCUUCUUCUGGCGAUUACCGGGCACCACCACCUACCUAAUCUACUCUUAUCGCUGCCGCCCUACUGCACCCGAAGGUUCCACAUCACACCACACCACCAAGGAUGAAAGGCUAAGGGAGUGGCGCAACAGUUGGCGAGAUUUUUCACACAGCUGUCCCUUUCCCAUCUCACUCGCGUUCUAAACCACCCAGAUCGUCCUCCGACGCCUUCCAUCCAGUCGUCAUGCCCGACCACGCCGGGACGGCGGCCGCCGCGCCGCCGCAGAGCGAGUCUAAUCCGACUCCUCCCAAGGAGCUCUAUCCCAUGGUCAACUGGAAGUACGACCUCUUCCUCUGGGUAUUGGGCGUGUUGGUCGACCUCUUCUUCCGCGAGGUUCACCCUCGAGGCGCCUGGAAAGUCCCCAAGACGGGACCUGUUCUCUUCGUCGCCGCUCCUCACGCGAACCAGUUCGUCGAUGCCCUGAUCCUACAACGCACCCUCCGCCACGAGGCCGGCCGCCGAGUCUCCCUCCUCAUCGCCCAAAAGUCUGUACACGGGUUCAUCGGAUGGGGGUCGCGCCAGGUCGGCUCCGUGCCCGUCGGACGCGCUCAAGACGCCGCCAAGCCCGGCGCUGGCGUCAUCUACCUGCCUGACCCCAUCAACGACCCUACCCUCAUCCGCGGCGUCGGCACCAAGUUCGGCCAGGGUGAAGGCGAGGUCCAUGGUAUGCUGUUCUUGCCCUCUGCCAAGAAGCAGACGGGUGCCAGCGUCGACAUCGCACAGAUCCUGGGCCCCGAGGAGAUCCGCAUCAAGCGUCCUUUCAAGGGCAGGCUUGCCAUGGAGCAACUCACUGGGCGCGACGAUAUUGACGAGAACGGAAACUUCACCAACAAGGAUCUCAAAGGGUGCCAGCCUGGCUUCCAGGGUACUAAGUACAAGCUCGCUCCCCACAUCGAUCAGACCAAGGUGUACGAGGCCGUCUUCGACCGUCUUAGAUCUGGAGGCUGCGUUGGCAUCUUCCCAGAGGGCGGCAGCCACGACCGUACCGAGCUGCUGCCCCUCAAGGCCGGUGUUGCCAUCAUGGCCCUCGGCGCCCUCGCCGAAUCUCCCGACUGCGGCCUGACGAUCGUGCCCGUUGGCAUGAACUACUUCCACGCCCACAAGUUCCGCAGUCGCGCCGUUAUCGAAUUCGGACCCCCCUUUAGUGUUCCCCCGCACUUGGUCGAGAUGUACAAGAACAACCAGAGACGCGAGGCCAUCGGCCAGCUUCUCGACAGCGUCUACCAGGCAUUGAGCGCCGUCACCGUUUCUACCCCCGACUACGACACCUUGAUGAUGCUCCAGGCUGCUCGCCGCCUCUACAAUCCCACCGGGAAGAAACUGCCCCUCCCCGUCGUCAUCGAGCUGAACCGCAGACUGGCCAUGGGUUACGAGAAGUACAAGGACGACGAGCGGGUCGUCAACGUGAUCAAGGCAGUCAAGCAGUAUAACAAGGAGCUCAGUUACGUCAACCUUCGCGACCAUCAGGUGCAGUACGCCAAGAUGUCCACUCCCAAGGUCAUUUUCCUGUUGCUCUACCGGGUUAUGAAGCUUCUUGUCCUGCUGGUUGGCGUCCUGCCCGGCCUCAUCUUGUUUGCCCCCGUCUUCGCCGCGUCCAAAGCCAUCAGCGUUCGUAAGGCGAAGCAGGCACUGGCGGGCUCGACGGUCAAGAUCCAGGGACGCGAUGUCAUGGCCACAUGGAAGCUCCUGGUGGCCAUCUUCCUGGCUCCCACGCUCUACCACUUUUACUCGGCCAUUGUUACGUACAAGGUGUGGCAGGACCAUCUCUGGGGCUACGUUCCCGAAUGGGUGCCGUGGUGGUCAACGUACAUGGUCAUGUGGCCGCUGAUGGUGGGCGUCACGUUCGCCGCUCUUCGUUUCGGCGAAGUUGGCAUGGAUAUUCUCAAGUCUCUGAGGCCGCUGGUCCUGUGCUUGAACCCCGCCUCCAGCUACAACAUUCAUCAAUUGCGAGCGAAACGAGCCGACCUCAGCGCCCAGGUCACCGAUCUUAUCAAUACACUGGGCCCCGAAAUGUUCCCCGACUUCGAGAAGACUCGUUUGAUUGCGGAUCCGUACAAGGCCGAUGGGCACUCUCGACCUCGUACUCCGCCAGCGCGUAGGGAUAGCGACGCAUCCAGCGCCUACGAAGCGCCUACGCCACCGUCGUCCAUCUCCAGGAGAGCGACCCACCAGUCGAGCCGCGGUCUGCCUCGUAACGAGUCGUACAGCAACAUUGGCGGUGUCGGCAUUUUCUCCACCAGGCCCCCGUCGCGCUCAAGGAGUAGGAGCAGCAGCAGCGGAGGCGGUCUUGGAUCCGGCGGGUUCCCUAUCAGCGGCUUCACGACGCUGGACUCUGCCGGCGGGUUUGACGAGGCAAGCAAGAAGAUCCGCGAGGCUAUGAAGUUGCGCAGGAAAAGGAGCGGCGACCCACGGAUGGAACUGGGCGCCGACGACAGCGAGGACGAGGAAUACAACGAGGCGCGCAAAAAGAACGCGUGAGGUCACUCGGCUUUUGUAAGCUGAUGAAGAAAAGGCACUCUACGUCUGUGGGGACGGAGGCGCGAAGCAACUAAACUAUAACUGGAGUAGGGGGUACUGUGAGUACGUAUAGACAGCGAUUUAAUAGUUGAGGAAUGGAUUCCCAUUCCGUGUGAAAGUCAAUCGUUCCCGUUGGGCGAAACGCAAAGCGAUGGGUGGGGCAAGUGCACGCGGCCGAUGACGGCGAUUGCAAAGUAAGAGCCGAGUUAACUCCGCCGGCUGCUGGUGGGCGUGGGGUCGGUGUGGUGGUGGCGGUACCUAGGUUGGAUCUGAUAACUAGGUAUAAAAACAAAAAAAAGUGAAAAACCCUCCUGCCCACC